CUUGUCUUACAGGUUUUGCCUGGCAUUCUGCAGAAGCAUUGCUGUAUUUUACCAGACAGGAAUACAGAGUCGCAGUGUACACUCUGUGGUGAGCCUGAAGAGGAAGACGGUGGUGACCUCCUCAAGACGGGGAUCAGUUUUCCAGGGACACCAGAAGAAGAGCUAGACCAGCCAUACUCAUGGUCUCCUACCCAGCAGCACUUCAAUGAGGAAAGUUACUCUCCUGUUUCAAGGAACAUGAAAGGAUUAUCUGGCAGUCGCAAUCAACCACAGCUAUGUUCUGCGCAUACAUGUGGUCUGGCAUCUCCUGAGGAUUGUGAACACGCCCACGAUCAUCUUCACCAUGGCCAGGAGUCAAGGCAGUCCUACCUUCUCAGUCCGACGGAGAGCUGUCCAAUGGACCACCAUCGCUGCUCACCCCGCAGCUCCAUCCAUUCAGAAUGCAUGAUGAUGCCCAUGGUUAUGGGCGAUCAUAUGUCCAGCAGCACUUUCCCCAGAAUGCACUACACCUCACAUUACGAUACUCGGGACGAUUGCACCAUGUCUCACACCAACACCAAGAUUAAUCGGAUCCCGGCAAAUCUGCUGGAUCAGUUUGAGAAACAACUCCCUCUCCACAGGGAUGGCUUUCAUACUUUACAAUACCAGAGGACUUCAACGGCUGCUGAACAACGCAGCGAAAGCCCGGGGAGAAUACGCCAUCUUGUUCAUUCUGUUCAAAAACUUUUCACAAAAUCUCAUUCUUUAGAAGGAUCUUCCAAGAGCAAUGUCAACGGGACAAAAGGAGAUGGGCGAGGGGAUGACCAUCACCAUGGACAUCAUUCUAAACAUAGCAAAAGAAGUAAAAGCAAAGAGCGGAAACCUGAGACUAAGCAUAAAACUGGGAUGAGUAGUUGGUGGAGCUCUGAUGAUAAUUUGGACAGCGAUAGCACUUACCGUACACCUAGCGUUGUAAACAGGCACCAUGUGGACCAUAUUUCUCACUGCUACCCAGAAGCCCUUCAGGGACACUUCGGAGAUCUCUCAUUGAAGACUUCAAAGAGUAACAAUGAUGUAAAAUGUUCAGCUUGUGAAGGGCUUUCAAUGGCCCCUGAUGGCAAAUACAUGAAAAGGAGUUCUUGGUCCACACUUACAGUGAGCCAGGCAAAAGAAGCAUAUCGCAAGUCAUCCCUUAACCUAGAUAAACCUCUAGUUCACCAGGAAGUAAAACCUUCCCUGAGGCCAUGCCAUUAUCUUCAGGUGCCUCAAGAUGAAUGGGGAGGGUACCCCGCUGGCGGUAAAGAUGAGGAAAUUCCCUGCAGAAGAAUGAGAAGUGGAAGCUAUAUUAAAGCCAUGGGAGAUGAGGAAAGUGGAGAUUCCGAUUCUAGUCCCAAAACAUCACCAAAGGUAGCAGUCCAUCCGGAGUCCUUGUUAAAAUCUAUUGGACAAAGAGCUCUCGGAGACCACCAAAACCAGAGCUACCUGCAAGCGGCAAGCGAUGUGCCUGGUGGUCACAACCUGGAUCCGUCAGCAACCUACAAUUCCCCCAAGUUCCGCUCGAGGAAUCAGAGUUAUAUGAGAGCAGUGAGCACGCUCAGUCAGGCCAGCUGCAUUAGCCAGAUGAGUGAAGCAGAGGUCAAUGGGCAAUUUGAAUCUGUUUGUGAAUCAGUGUUUAGUGAAGUUGAAGCUCAGGCAAUGGACGCCCUCGACCUGCCAGGUUGUUUCCGAACCAGAAGCCACAGUUACUUGCGUGCCAUUCAGGCAGGUUACUCUCAAGAUGAUGAAUGUAUCCCUGCAAUGGCCUCUUCCAAUAUCACCUCAACAAUCAGGUCAACAACAGCUGUAACUUACACAAGUUACAAAAAAACACCACCGCCUGUACCUCCUCGAACCACCUCUAAGCCACUAAUCUCAGUUACAGCACAGAGCAGCACAGAAUCAACCCAGGAUGCCUAUCACGAUAGCCGGACUCAGAGGAUCUCCCCGUGGCCUCAGGACAGUCGAGGGAUGUACAACUCCACAGACAGUCUGGACAGCAACAAGGCUAUGAACCUCGCCAUGGAAACUGCCGCUGCACAACGCCACCUGUCGGAGGGCCAGGGCGCCUCGGUACGCACCAGCGACAAGGCCAUCCUUGUGACAAAAGCUGAGGAGUUCCUGAAGAGUCGGCGCUCGUCUAUAGGGAUUCAGGUGGAAACAGCCACUGAUUCAGAUACGGAGAGCAGAGGCUUACGGGAAUAUCAUUCAGUUGGAGUGCAAGUGGAGGAUGAUAAACGGCAUGGACGGUUUAAGCGCUCGAACAGUGUCACAGCCGCUGUUCAAGCGGACCUAGAACUUGAAGGAUUUCCAGGACACAUAACAAUGGAAGAUAAAGGACUUCAGUUUGGUGGCUCUUUCCAACGGCAUUCGGAACCCAGCACCCCCACUCAGUAUGGUGCAGUAAGAACUGUACGGACACAGGGCCUGUUCAGUUACAGAGAAGAUUAUAGGACCCCGGUAGACACCUCCAACCUCCCACCACCUGAGCCCUGGCUAGAACCAGCUAUUGAGGCAGUUGAAACUGGACGGAUGUCUCCAUGUCGAAGAGACGGGUCUUGGUUUAUGAAGUUACUACAUACUGAGACUAAGAGGAUGGAAGGUUGGUGUAAAGAGAUGGAGAGAGAAGCAGAAGAAAAUGAUCUUUCUGAAGAAAUUCUAGGUAAGAUCCGGAGUGCCGUAGGAAGUGCUCAGCUACUUAUGUCUCAAAAAUUCCAGCAAUUCUAUUGGCUAUGUCAACAGAAUCUGGACCCCAGUGCUAUGCCACGGCCAACUUCACAGGACCUAGCAGGAUUCUGGGACUUGUUACAGCUUUCAAUUGAAGACGUCAGUAUGAAGUUUGACGAAUUGCACCAGCUGAAACUGAAUGAAUGGAAAAUAAUAGAAUCACCUGAAAGGAAGGAAGAAAGAAAGGUUCCUCCUCCUGUACCAAAGAAGCCCCCAAAAGGAAAAUUCCCUAUUACAAGAGAAAAGUCUCUAGACCUGCCCGACAGACAACGUCAAGAAGCUCGAAGACGGCUAAUGGCUGCAAAGAGAGCAGCCUCUUUUCGGCAGAAUUCAGCCACCGAGCGUGCAGACAGCAUUGAGAUAUAUAUCCCAGAGGCCCAAACAAGGCUUUAA